CCACAGCUCCCUGAUCUGGCUUCUGAGUUGGAGUUGGCCUGACUUCAUCCAUCUGCGUCGGUCUCUUGUCGCCUUUUGCGCUGCCAUCAAGCUACCACUCCGAGCAACCGCAUCCACAUCUUCACCGCGGCGCACCCAGUUGCGCUUCCGGUCGUUAGUUCACAGCCUUCUUUGCUUCUCUGUUUUAAUAUUUCCAAGCCGAGCGCUGAGUAUUUGUUGCCGCCCUGACAAGCUCUGCUCCGCUCCUUUGCACGAGUCGCACCGCCGUCGACACGUCUCCUUUCCCUUCACGUCGCGCAUCGCAGCAUCAUGGUGCUUGACCAAACCGAUCAUACCAACAUCUUUACAUAUCGUUCUUGAUACCUCUGUAGAAAUUUUCCAUAAACCCAACAGGCAUCGCCAAUAUGUCUUUCUUCAACUUCGACCAGUCUCGCCAUAAUACCGCCGCUCCCGGCUUCUCCCAGGCUCACGAUCCCUUUGCCAGCCUAGCCAACCGGGACGAGGAAGCCGAAGAGAUCGACUUCGAGGACACUUAUGACGGCUUGGGUGACCAGCUGGAUGAGACCGACGAUGCCUUCAAUGAUGAUACUUUUGGCGGCGAUACUGGCGAGCCGGGUCCUGUAGGCAAAGACUUUGACUUCUUUGGCCACACCGCCAAGGUCGCGAACGUCAUUGAAGAGGAAAAUGUUCGUUUCAACCGCCAACAACCAGCUGCCAAGGCUCCCCAGCCUGUCGCGCAGCCAUCGGCCUAUACGCCCAUCGCCGGACCCUCGUACAACUAUUUCGCGCAGGCUCCAGUUAGACCUGCCAGGACCGGCUACGAAAAAUACCACGAGCAGCCGAUCGAGGAUCUUCAGGUUGACGCUGCUCUCUGGGGUGUCGCACCCAAGAAGCAACCGCCGCCGCCUGCUCAACCUGCCGUCCCUAGCGCGCCGUCUGGGGGCCGCAAGAUGCUGAGUCUUGAGGAGGUUGAGGCUCAGAUGCGCGCCCAGGCUAAGGCGGCCACCCCAUCUCCCGCUCCUCAGCAUCAGCCCCAUCAAAUUCCACAUGAACAGGCUUACCUCUACCAGCACCAAGCUCAGAACCAGCCGCAGGCUCACUUCCAAGCCGGUGUCGUUGAACCUCUGUACCAUCAACCGCAGGGACAUCCCAUGACAAUUCUUCAGCGGCCUCACUCGAAGCCUCCUACGCCAGCCCAGCCCUCUUCCCAACCGCCCGCUAUUCAACAGCAUCAGCAACCCGCUGUUCCUCAGCAGCCUACUCAGAUCCUGCAGAACCCCAACCGUCUUUCAGGCGACGCGGCUAAGAUCGGGCUGCCUGUUCACCCUACGCCUCCGUCCGGUCCUCAGUCCGCUCACCAGGGCCACAGGCAACAAGGCUCUCUUCCGCGACAGCCCCCUAUGAUUCUUCAUCCUGCCCAGCUGGCUCAGCUCUCGGAGGAGGAAAAGGCUGCGUAUCUUGAACAGGAAGCUAAGCGCGCCAAGCGCAACCACAAGAUCUUCCAAAUGUCUCGCGACAAUGGUAUCAUGACGCCACAGGACAAGAAUUUCAUCACCCGGAUCCAGCUUCAGCAGCUUGUCGCAGCCACUGGAAAUCCCAAUGAACACGGCACAGACGAGUCACUCGCCGAGGACUUUUACUAUCAAGUCCAUAGUCAGAUCCAGGCUGGCCAUCGCCAGCACCCCAGCCAGCCUCUGAACCAGUUCGCUCAGACUUAUCUGUUUCAGACAGGAAGCCGUCAAGGAGGUAUGCGCCGCCAUAACAGGGGUCCUGAAAACCAUAUGCAGAGGAUGGAACAACAGGUCCAGCGUGCUGUUGAGGCGGCCAAGAACAAGCCCAAGAAUAAGCAGCUUGUUAUUGAAGGUAGCUUGGGCAAGAUUUCCUUCAGCAACGCCAAGACCCCGAAGCCGCUUCUCAACAUCAAGCGUAACGACAGCGCCAGCGAUGUGAAGAAGGCACCGCAUCCUGUUAAUGGCCGGGACAAGAAGGACGAACUGAGGGCCCUCGAGCUGGUAUACACUACACUUAUGAAGAUGGAAGACCACGAACGCAACAUGCCUAUGGCGCCUGCCGAGGACGAUCAAGAAGCUCUUGCCAAGGUCUUUGCAUGGAGUAACGAGGGACAGGCGUUGAAUGAGCAGCUUUGGAAGGCUCUGAGGGUGCAGGAUCACGACCAGCCAGGCCGCAUCCACCCCUUCAUGGCCCUUCUCAGUUACAGUAAGGGCAAGAAAGCCAUACCGCGCAUCUUCCGUCACACGAACCACGAGCAAAGAAUUACCAUUUUCACACGCAUUGUCGUGAAUCUCGACCAACUCGACGUUGUCCGAGAAGCUCAGGUUACAACUGAUGACAUCCAGUUCAACGCCGCUAUGCGUGAAAACAUUGAGCUGUUCUCGGCUGCUAUAGUAACCACGCUGUUCACGUUUAUGAACGAACUCGGCCUCGAUCUUGUUGCCGCCAUCCUUGGUCUUGUGUGCACGCGCAACGUGGACGUCAUCGCCAAGAGCAGAAUUGGCGCGUCGAUGCUUACCAUGAUUCUCAGUCGGGCGGAGCUUAUCAAGCACAAUGGCGGAGGCAGUGAACAGGAUUGGCGUUCUUGGGACAUGACCUACACUCAGUUCUUCAACAUCCUCGAGCCCACUCUUCCGUACAUUUUCCCCGGUAGCAUUGCCACCGAUCAGGAUACCUACGUCUGGCAGCUUCUCGCCGCUAUCGGUAUCGGUGCCAGCCCUGACCAGCAGCAAAGACUUGUCAUUGCUGUCAAGGAUCGUGUCAUGGACACCGUCAGCCUCGCCAAGACGUUGCCUCCAGCACUCGCAGCCGACCGUCUGCAGAACGUCAACCUCUUCAUGCGGUCGAUCGGCCUCGACGUUGAGCUGCUCCAGUAAGCAACUCGGCAAUAACCCUACACACAUUGACUUUGAAAGUCCGUUGCAAAAACUAUCUGGGCGGGUGGUUUAAGCAACGACGAUCAUCAUCAUCAUUAUCGAAAAAAAGGAAAAGUUGCGUUGGUUGCAUCGCGUUCGGUCAGCGAUUGUUCUUGAAGAGUCCCUUGCAUAUAUCGAGAGACUCGCUCAUACUUUUAAGGCGGAUCAAAAAAAGCAGCUUGGUGGAGGAACAGGAACCAUGUAUAUGGGCCAUUUCACAAGGAAUUGUUUACCUUAAUAAACAUUUUGGCUUACCUACUACUGAAAGGUAAACUCCUGGGGCGGGAAGCAGGAGGAGUUUCUUCUUACCUACAUUGCAUCGCUGGGGAAAAGAAAAGAACUUGGCGGUUGGUUUCUAUAUAACUCGGCAUUGCUGUAUGGAUGGAUGGAUGGAUGGAUGGAUGGAGACAACUGUAGAAUAGGGACCAAAAAAGCGGUCGGUCGGGUUGGGUUUUGCGAGGUCAAACAUCAUUGAUCAUUGUUCGCCACACCUGUCACCAUAACGGUCUGUUUUCAGGAGAAAGCCUGCGAGGAAGAAGGCGGGAAAGAAUGGGAGUCAGUCGUAGGGUAUCGUAUUUUUCUUAAAGAUGAGAAGAGAAUCUAUCAGUUAACCAAAGGGUAGUAGCCGCUGACCCUCUAUAUUGGGGCUCCCGCUUGGAAAGGCUCACAUAUGAUAUGUGCUCAGCUUUCGCUCCCACUCCCUUUGCCUUUACCGCUUCAAGCGUGAGGUCCUUCUCUUAUCGCCGACAGUCUCUGACUCCUAGUCAAGCUGCAUGGCAUUCGACGAAGAAGAUGUUGCCGCUGCUACCGCCUUUCCCUUUCCCUUGCUGUUAACAAC